UCAUAUUCUAAAUAUAUAUAUCUUCACUUCAUCUUCUUAUAUAUCUCAAUCCUCACUACUAAAAACCUACUUCAUCAUUUUUUUUUCUAUAUUCUUAACUUUUUGAAAGAUGAUUUGUUUGGUAUCUCGAACCGGAAGAGAGUUGCAGAGAUAUAACAACAUGGGUGGCCGACAAGUUGUAGGAUGCAUACCUUAUAGAUAUAAACAAGACAUAGAUGGUAAUAGAAGCAACGAAAUGGAAGUACUAAUGGUUAGUUCACAGAAAACUCAAAGACUAAUGUUUCCUAAGGGUGGAUGGGAACUUGAUGAAUCUCUACAAGAAGCAGCUUCUAGGGAAUCCAUUGAAGAAGCAGGAGUCAUAGGAUUAGUUGAGUGUGAAUUGGGACAGUGGAAUUUCAUUAGCAAAAGAUAUGGAAUAUACUAUGAAGGCUAUAUGUUCCCUUUGUUUGUCAAGGAGCAACUUGAUCAUUGGCCUGAGAAAAAUCUUAGGACACGAGUAUGGAUGAGUGUUGAUGAAGCUAGAGAAGUUUGUCAACAUUGGUGGAUGAAGGAAGCAUUAGAUAUAUUGCUUCAAAGGCUCAUUUCUUCAAAGCAACAACAACAAAGGAAGCAUUAGACAUAAGUGAAUUUCUUUCUCUUGGAGUAAUUUGAGAUUAAUGGCAUAAGGCAAAAGGAAGAAUUGAAUUUCUUGUACAUUAAUUUAGUGCUUUUAAUAAUCACUUCUUAACCAAUCUGAUACUCACAUAACAUAACCUAAAUUAUGUAACUAAUAUUUAAUUGAACAGAGGAAUACG